GUGAGAUGUUUGUUGUUUUUAGUUUUUUAUGCCGCCUGGUGUGUUUCGCCAUCUCUUCUUGCUGAAUGCUACAGUGUUAACUUAGUUAUACUUUGUGUUUGAGAACUACAAUACCUAAACAACAAUGACUGGACAUCACGAAAAGCGCAAAGUGCCUCCUGCUCUAGAAAAGAUUCUAAAAACCGAUGUCUACCUCACUAACUCUCUGUGUAAUUUAAUGAACAAAUUUUUACCAUUUCGAUCCCUCAAGAUCCAUUACAAGUUGUUAGAGGUAUCAUGUGCCGGAUACGUUUGGUUGCCUGUAUGGAUCAUGCUAUUGUGGAUCGUAUGGAAAAAAGAACUCAUGGAAAUGCAAGUCAACUUUUUCAUUGGUCUUAUCACAGACAUCAUCUUAGUGGGAGUGUUGAAGGCGGUUUUCAGAAGACGACGACCCGCCGGUAACCAACCUGACAUGUUGGGCUCGAUCGGCCCGGAUGUUUAUUCAUUCCCAUCCGGACACGUUUCCCGUGCAUGCUUCAUCGCCUACUUCUUCUUGAUUCUGUAUCCCAUUCAUUUCAUUUUCCGAUUGCCUCUGCUCGCUUGGGUGUUCUCCGUAAGCGCCAGUAGGAUUUUGUUGCGGCGUCACCACUUGCUUGAUGUUUUUGCUGGCGUUCUCCUCGGUAUUGUCAACGCUUUGCUGAUUUCGCUGAUCUGGCUCAGUGAAAACACUGCUGUUUAUAUUGUUUCCUUUAUUUCUGACGAAAGAAUCGAAGGUAGUGAGUAUGAUGUUUAAAAAGGUUGUAUUUUUGUUAUAUUUAUAUUUGUUGAAAAGGUAAUGUAUAGAAAAUAUUUUCAUAUCUUAGCAGAGCUUUUUGUACUUUUAUAGUGAGAUUGAGUCAUUUCGAAAGUCUUGUCCAUAUUGUUAAAAUGUUCACAUUGUUGUGAUUGUUAAAUCACUUGGAUAUGUAAAAACUAAUAGUUAUGGACAUGGUAUCAUAAAAAUACUUCAUCUAUAGGCCUACAUGAUACAAGUUCUUAUAGAAUUCUUUGAAUUAAAGUUGGUUUCAUUAGAUCACUAAAACAGUGUAAAAUCAAAAAAUUCACAAGGUCUAUUUUUAAUUUGCUCAUACAUUAUACAGAAACUCUACUUUUUAAUGUUGAAUUAUUAUGUUUAUUGUUACACAUUUGUAUUUUUUUGUACUGUACCGUACACAAAAAUGUACAUCUUUGCCUUCAUACAUUUAUUUGUGUUAGAUUAAUUUUACUUGUAUUUGGGCAUUUUAAUUUAUUUGUGUUUCUAACCAUUGGUUUGUGUUUGUGUGUGUUUUCGAGUAUUCCUCCAGUUCAACCAAAUAAUCAGAGAUCACACAAUGCCAAAAACCAAAUAAGCCAAAAAACCAAACAUAAAUACUUCAUCAAUUUAGUCCAACGCAAAAAAUAUAUUUCACUUGACGUUCUUUACCAAAGAAUAAAUUACUGUGGAUUUGAACUACUAACUUAUUUUAAAUGUUCCCUAGUCAUAUUAAUAAUUAUCAGGCUAUAUGUUUUUAUUGUAAAAUAUUUUUAAUUUUAUAUUUAUUGUACUUAAUCACAUUUCAUAGAGUUAGUUUAUAAAUAGAUCAUAGAAAGUUUAAGGUGUGAUGUUCAAGAAAAGAUAGAUUUUUAAAGAGUUGUGUACAGCUGUCAGUUUUAAACAAUUUAAUUGUUGGUUUACGAAUAUUAUUUUGAUUUUUUUACUUAUUCAGAUCGACAUACCCAAAAAUUUACUAUCUUCCCCCUGCACAGCGAAGAAGUAUUAAUUACAAACUAUCUGAUGUAAAAAUAAGGUUUUCUAUUCUAGCAUUGAAGGAGUGAAAAACCACUAUUUUGUUUGUCUUGUUGCAUUCAUAUUUUGUGUCCCAUUUUGAAUCACAUUUUUGUAGUUUUAUUUUAUUAGUUCCUCAUGCUUAUAAGUAUUUGUAUUUGUGAUUUUGUGCAAUUAAAGAAUGUUUGAUCUUUUA